AAAAGAAUCGAGACAGUCAAAACAUAAACAGAGAAAGCUUUCUUGAGGACGCGCACCAUUUUUUGCGAUUUUGCUAUCUUUGUGCACACAUGCCAAAUGUCGCGUAUAAUUAUUCAGAUGUUUCCUUUUCGUGGCACUUGGUUUGCUGUAUAAUAACAAAGCGCGAGGAAUCAAAUCUGCACAGAAAGAAGAAGAUUAGGAAUCAACUAGUCUUAAGUACGCUUUGUUGGGCCUAGUACGACGAAGAAGAGGCUAUCCUCUUUGUCGUGGAGAGACAGAAUGGCGGAGGCAAAUGAUAAAAACAGAGUUUUUAACGGUGGCUCAGAGGAGCCAGAGCCAGGUGAAGCCAGGCAGAGGGAAGGAGACGUUUCUUCAAACACAGAGGAACAAGGACAGUCUUCCUCUCAAGCAGUUCCCAAGGAAGGAGGCGAUGGGGCUGGGGACAAGCCCAUGGCAGAUGCAGAAGGUGACAGUAGGCCUGGCAGAGAUAGAGAGGACGAGGAAGAGGACACAGACAGCAUGGAUGGCAGCGGCCUCUACUCGUUGACUGAGGAGGCAGAGCGCGAGAGCGAAGGAGGGAGAAGAGAGCGGGCCAAGGAAAGAGAGGGGAAAAGGGCCGCCCGGAAGAGGAACCGACCCGGCGGUGGCACCACACACCAUUCCUCCAGCUCGGACGACGACGAGGAAGAGGAAGACCCCGAGGAAGACGAAGAGGAGGACGAACAGGCCAUGGAGGCGUGGCUAGGUGCGGAGCUGCGCGACCUCAGCAGACCCACCUGGCGGGCAGUGCCCUCGCUGCGCUUUCGGGAGAUUGGCAAGAGCUCCCAGCAGUUUGUGAGACGUGUGUGCGGCGCCCGCUCCUUUGUGCAAAGGCUGGAGCUCCAGGGGCGCCUGGAGAGGCACACGGGCUGUGUCAAUACGCUGCACUUCAACCCUUCUGGGACACGCCUGGCGUCGGGCAGUGAUGACCUGCGCGUGGUCAUCUGGGACUGGGCUCGUCGCCGUGCGGAGCUGGAGUUUGACAGCGGCCACAAGAGUAACGUGUUUCAGGCCAAGUUCCUGCCACACAGCGGGGACUCUACCUUGGCCAUGUGCGCUCGUGACGGGCAGAUCAGGGUGGCUGAGCUUUCUGCCACCCAGCGCUGCAAGAACACCAAGAGAGUGGCCCAGCAUAAGGGGGCCGCCCACAAGUUGGCCCUGGAGCCGGACUCCCCCUGCUCCUUCCUGUCUGCUGGGGAGGAUGCUGUGGUGUUUGGCAUUGACCUGCGCCUCGACCGGCCUGCCAAUAAACUGGUGGUGGUGAAGGAGGGGGAUAAGAAGGUGGGACUGUACACCAUCUUUGUGAACCCAGCCAACACCCAUCACUUUGCUGUAGGUGGAAGAGACCAGUAUGUCAGGAUUUAUGAUCAGAGAAAGAUCAAUGAAAAUGAUAACAAUGGUGUACUGAAGAAAUUCUGCCCAUCUCACCUGGUGUCCAGUGAGUCCAAAACCAACAUCACCUGCCUGGUCUACAGCCAUGAUGGCUCAGAGCUCCUUGCCAGUUACAACGAUGAGGACAUCUACCUGUUUGACUCCAGCCACAGCGACGGAGCUGACUACCGCAGGAGAUACAAGGGCCAUCGCAACAAUGCCACCGUGAAGGGCGUUAACUUUUACGGCCCCUGCAGCGAGUUUGUGGUCAGUGGCAGCGACUGUGGACACAUCUACCUGUGGGACAAGGUCUCUGCCCGCAUCGUCCAGUUCAUGGAGGGAGACAAAGGAGGAGUGGUGAACUGCCUGGAGCCCCAUCCCCACCUCCCAGGCCUGGCUACCAGUGGCCUGGACCAUGAUGUCAAACUGUGGGCCCCCACUGCUGAGAACCCCACUGGCCUUAAAGGCCUCAAAGAGGUGAUGAAGAAGAACAAGCGUGAGCGCGAUGAGGACAGUGUGCGUCAUGGUGACCAGUACGACACGCAGCUCCUCUGGUUCCUGAUGAGACACAUGAGGAACAGGCGACCUCAAAGGGCACGUCGGGAGGGUGCAGAAGGAGACACUGAUGAAUCCUGGAGCUCUCCAGACUCCUCCGAUGAUGAGGAUGGGGGCCCAGACCAUGUCCAGUGCAUGUCCUCCUGAGCCACAAACACAACACACACACACAUGUUUGUUGUCGCCCUAGUAUUGAUGCACAUAGGCAAGCACCAUUGACACACUGGCACUCACAAACACUGACAGACGAUGAAGAAAUAGAAAACAGUCCUGCAUACACAAAGACUCACACACACACACACCUGACAGAGAGGGAGAGGAAUGGAGAUGCUAGAAUCUGGCCUCCAAACAGCCUAUGAAAUGAGGACUAGAAUACAUCCCACUCAAACUAUGAUUUAGUUGUCCGGAGGGGAGUAGACAAGCAUCACCCAAACCCAUUAAGAGAUUGUGCACGCCAAUCCAGUGCUUCUGCUCGACCUGUGAAUGCCCAGGCAACAUUCGGCACAGCAUCCCCUCCAUCCAAUCACACAUCUCGCACAGUCCUCUGCCCUCUAUGACACGUCCCUGCCCUGGUUUUUUCUACCACGAGAUUGGAGGAGACAGGAAGAAGAUCUGGAUGACUAGAAAUGCCCACAGACCUUUUCCAAUGUCCCUGUAAAUGUGAUUCGCUCCCAUUUGAUUUUGUUUUAAGGCAUGGAACUAGAGCUGUUGAGUUUGACCCUUCACCCACCUGGUUAGUGUCUGACUCGGACCAUUAGCCAUUGGGGUCAGGUGGGGUCAGUUCAAGUCUUUAGAGGGGCCAGGCCACCACCCGGACCUGCUGCUCAGUGUCCCUUCAGUCCUACCCCCUCCCUCGCCCCAGCCUGCCCCCUCCCAGGCUACUGUGCACCUUAUUCAGGGAUGUGGUUGUUUAAAAUGUGUAGACAAAACAUACACUUGUGGGGGAUAUGCAAUAAUUAAUCAAAUUAUUGUCAUGGAACAUCAACCCUGUGUUCAGUAAAACUCUGUUCUUAACAAGCAGAUACUUUUUCUGUGAUUCUAGUCCUUGGGUUUUUCAGAUUGAUUUGCACUCUGCAGGAUUGUGACAGCUCCAGUUGGAGAGGUAAUGCUUUUACUAGCGUGAUCUUUCCUCACAAUCCUCCUGAAUAAGUAUCAUUGGUCCUCCAUAAGCCAGAGAAUGCACUCUCCUGUUAAGAAGCAGCUGGAUGAUCUCUUGUUGUCAUGGAACAGUUCCUUGUGUUCCUGUUUGGGGAACCCAAGGAAAAAGCUUAACGGGCCUGGACAGAAAGGCUUGGCCUCUUACAAUGUAGCUAUUAGCUGUUGGGAGUUGAACAUGGUCUGAUAACACGGUAACUAAACAUUUAUUUUUCCUUUUAUUUAGGGAUGACACACCUCAAACUGGGAACUGUUAUUCCUACUUUUGACUGCCCUGAGAUUUAGUGGUUUAGCUCUGUUCUUUCUGUUCAGGUCCCUCAAGUGUACAGAUGAAUUUGGCCCAGGAUGGGCUUGUGUGGUCUUUCUCGUGCCAGCCCUUUUGUCUUUAGGAGAGGUCAUGGUGGAAGGCAGGUGUUUUAUAGAGGUAGGUUCAAAGGCAGGAAGGAGAAUGAGGGAGAUGACAUUUGCUUGCCCGUUUUUCUUUUGUUGUGAGGGCAUUUAAGUCCAGCUUUUCUCAUUUUGUAUGAGAAUUUAGAAGUUAGGUGAAUUUAUAUGUACAUAUUAUAUAUAUAUAUAUAAAAUAAUACUGUAAAGAGAACCAACUUAAGCAAAAGAGGUUUGACUUAAGAAAAAUGACAAAAUUUGAUUGGUAUUCAUGCAGAGGUUUAUAUUCUAUACGAGGACAAAGUACUUUUAAAUGAAGAGAAAGAUUACAUCAAUUUCUUUAUUUUGUUUUGUAAUUCUUACCAACAAAUGAGUUUUAUUGGCAAAAUUCAGUUCUUUUCAAUAUCCAAAAAAUAUCAAUUUCUCUUUCCAAACUUGGACCCAGAUGGAAGAGACAGUCAUAUUCAGAUUGUCCUUCUGACUAUAUUACUUUGCUGUAAACAUCUAAAGGCACUUGAUCAAAAAUCUAUCCCACCACUGCCUAAAGCAUUCUACCAUUUCAGUUGGAAAUAUGUACGAUUUGUGCAAUAAACAAAAUACCAUGUAA